AGAGAGCAUUACAGUCACAAUACUGUAUUUUGAAAGAUGUAAAUACAAGUCUUGGGGUGCUUUGACUAUGGAAACAAGAGCUGGACUCCAACUGGCAACCAGGAGAGAUGACGUUGUUUGGGAUUAGUAUGUGUUCCUAUAGACAGCAGUCAGGGUGGGGAGAUAAGUACAAAUGCAGCUAUAGCUGAGAGAACUGCAUCAUUUUAAAAUUGUUGAGCAAGAGAGCGAGAAAGGCCGACAAGAACAUCGGACUUCUCCCCUUUCAAUUGAUGUUGCUGUAUUUUCUCCUCCACAGUAAAGAUGCUGUGGAGUCUAUUGUUAAUGUCUCUGAUUGGAUGUGCACACUUAAAAGACCAUGAAACAGCUUUGUCACAGAAGGUGACAACAUCCCAGUCAUCAGACUACCAAACUGACGGUGUCAAAUACACUUCUGAAAGAGCUAUUGAUGGAAAUCUGUCGAAAUGUGCUCACACCUUGGAACUACCCAACUCCUGGUGGAGGAUUGACCUGCUGGGUGUCUACAGAAUCUCUUCUAUCCAUAUCUACAACAUAAAGCAGCAUAAUACUGAUAUAAGCAGUGCUCAGAUCUUCAUCGGGAACUCUAGUGAGAAUAAUGGAACCACCAACUGCAUGUGUAACAACAUCACAGACUUCACACCAGGCCAGUGGUAUGAGGUUAAAUGUAAUGCAAAAAUGUCAGGGCGCUACAUCACUGUGUUCUUACCGGCAAGCAGGAAUUUAAUUCUGUGUGAAGUGAAGAUCUGCAGCACAAAAAAAGAGUCACCCUUUCAGCUGAUCCCAGAGAACAAGACGUGGGAAGAUGCCCUCUACUACUGUCAGGACAGACACAUGGACCUGGCUUCCAUUGUUGAUGAAGAGACCCAGGCCUGGGCUGAGCUGGAGGCCAAGAAAGCCCAAACUCCUUAUGUGUGGCUGGGCCUUCGCUACAGCUGCACCCUGGACUUCUGGUUCUGGGUCAAUGAUCAAUGUGUAAAAUUCAAUCACUGGGAUCGAGAUGGAAAGAUAGAGGAGUGUGACAUGAGUGUUGCCAUGGAGACAAAAGAGGACCAUCUCUGGUCCAGCAAGCCUGACCACAAGAAGUUUAAUUUCAUUUGUGCAAAACAACAGGUCCAGGCCGAGUGCAACUGUUGGAAUGAGUGAAGCUGAGAGCAUGUCCACUGUCACCUAAACACAGCUGACUACACAACACUAAGACAUCACUGUUAUUUAGUAACUGCAACAGCUGAUUUAUUCGUUUCACUCUGUAGCUCAUUUUGGUCAUGCAUACUCUCACUUUGUAAAUGUUUGCAAUAUGUUUGAAGUGCUAGCUUUUCCUCUUUUUCUUUAUCACCAUUUAAAAAAUGUAAUCAUUGAUGUUAGAACAUGAGACAUCUUGUAAUUCUCUUCUUGAAAAUCUGGGAUCCAAGCAUUUAAAUGGAAAUGCAUUUAAUGUUGAUUAAUUUUGAUAUAAAAAAUGUAUACAAAUUCAGAAAUGUUUGAGAUGUCUAUCAAAUGGAAAAAUGCAUUGCCCUUUGUGUUAAAUACAUUUAAUAUAAACCUUUUCUGAUAUAAAACACUUAGAUUGCUCUCACUAUGUAUUUUUGAUUAAAUGACAUUUACUGUAUAUGUCAUUGUCUGAACGCAUAGGAAAUAUAUAUAUAAGUGCUGUUUGCUUAUAUUAUUAAUGUUGUUGCCUUUUCGUUUAAAACAACUUUUUUCUCUUUUGAUUUCCAAAAUCAUGUCAACUAUUGCUGUUUUUUUGUAUUUGAUUGUUGUAGCAUGUUCCCACCAUUGUUACUAAAUCAUAUCGUCUGUCUUUGUACAUCUAUAUCCUGACUUGUUCUGUAUAUUUUUCG